GUGCGAAUNANUCCUNCACUCCUCACACCCCAUCUGGCGACAUCCUUGCCCUUCCAACGCUCCGUUCUUACUCAACGGCUCAGUCUUUGGCCCGUCUGCUCGUAGCAUCUCGCAACAGCAAUUAUAGACAGGACUGCAGCUGCAUAAUAGAGUAACAACAACAAGAGGAGCAGCCGACCUAUCAGCUUUGACCGUCGCCAGCAAGUAGCAGAGAGAGAGGGAGCAGCAUAGCAGUAGCUAAUACUACACAUCGCACAGGGAUGUCAGAGUCACGCACGAGGCAGCCGCCUGAGGCAGACAGUGACGCGUCCAUACCACCGCAAGUACAGGUGCAUGUGGAGCAGCAGGAGCAAGAAUCAAGCAAGGGAGUUCGCAUCGGCAAAGUCACAUCGGCAGACGAGCGCGAGAUCAAGCCAAUCAAAGCGAGCAGGAGCGCAGAUGUACCGCAAGACCAGGACAUCCGAGACGUAGCGAUCAAGGCUAUACUCGGCUCCCACAAGGCACGAUCGCUCAGUGCAAGUGCCAGCCGCACCAGUGGGCAUAUCUCGCCUACGAAAGAUCGUCAGACAAAGCGACUUCGCACUGCCCCGACAGCUCUUCGUCCGGCGACUGCAUUCAUUCGCCCCGCUCAGCCGACGAGCUCAGCCAGAGGCCCAAUCUCCGGUCCACGCAUACUAUCGUCGCGCCGUUCAAUCUCGCCUCCCGGAUCGUCAUCAGUUCCGACCUUCAAUCGCGAGUACAGACAGAACAACUUUGCCAACGCACAAUUCCUGCCUUCUGUCAACCUCAGAUUCGAAAUGCUGGCUCGCCUCGUCCGUUGCAACGGCAAAACCUUCGACGACGUCGCGCGUGACGUACCCGGACCUUUCACUGCAGUCGCACACGAUCGUACGCGCGUCGGAAUAACGUCAAUCAUCGAGCACGAGCAUGCUGCCUCUGUCGAAUACUACCGUCACUGUUUCGAGCAUCAGCAGCCAGGCACGACGCUGGUCGGUUCCGAUGCAACGGUCAUGAAGGUUGGCCCCGAUGCGGGCGCCGCGGCCAUCGCCGUGAUCGCCCGCGAAUUGACACUCGACGGAAAGGAGUUCUUUUACAUCUUCAGCAAGCGCAUCCGGGACACGAUCUGUUCUCAUGUUGCUGAGUGUGAGGCAACUACGUAUUGCUUCGAACUCUUCAACAGCGGCAAGAUUCCCUGGCCUGCAAUCAAGCUAUUGCUCUUCAGCGAUUCUCAGCGCGCAGUGCGUCAGCUCGGAAAGUGCAGUCUUGAAGUCAAGCACAAGCACAAGCACGUCGAGAUCAUUGCGCCUUGGAUCAAGGGUCACGUUGACGUCUUCAUGAACGAAUUCGCGGACAAGUUCUGCAAGGGCGCCCGCACGGACCGCGAAUUCGCCGAGAGCAAGAUCUCUCCAUCGCAAGCAUACUAUUACGCUUCCUCAGCCUUCAACUUCUGAAGGACAAGCCUAUCGCACCGCAAGUACAUAGACAGCAUUCAUCAGCAACGCACCCAAGGCAGUCGCACGCCUCUUAAUGAACAUCACGCUCACGUCACGCUCUUAUGAGCUAAGC